GGAAUGGACAUGUUUGGAAAACUGCACAGUCAGCCAGUGCUGUUGUAUUGGUCAAAAACGGAGAGGAGUGCUAGGAUAUCACAAGUGACAAUCAAUUGAGAAGCACCACUGGACAGUGACAUGUCAGCACCAUCAAUUGGUCUGUAAGGGAUUGUAAGCCAAAUAACUGCAAUACAAUGGAGGAUUAUACAUAUGAAUAUGAUUAUAGCAAUUACACCUAUGACAAUGUUACUCCUCUCGAGGAUUUAGAUUUCAAAACUCACAAGACAUGCUUCACAGAAGUUUCAUGCGCCUCCCUCCUGGUGGUCAAUGUAGUUAUCUUCCUGCUGGGGGUUUGUGGGAAUGGGGUGGUCAUCUGGAUCGCUGGUCUCAAGAUGAAGAAGACAGUCAACACCACCUGGUACCUCAGCCUGGCCGUCUCCGACUUCAUAUUCUGUGCCUGUCUCCCCUUCAACAUCAUCAACACGGUGACAAAGGACUGGAUCUUUGGGCUCUUCAUGUGCAAGUUCACCUCUUUUGUGAUGUUCCUCAACAUGUUCUGCAGCAUCUUCCUCCUGGUCGUCAUCAGUGUUGACCGCUGUGUGUCAGUGAUGUUUCCAGUGUGGGCUCAGAACCACCGCACCAUGGGCAAGGCCUCUGUAGUGGUGGUUCUGGCCUGGGUUGCCUCUGUCGCCCUCAGCAUCCCCUCCAUAGUGUUCAGAGACGUCAAAACCCAUUUAGGGAUGAGAAAGUGUUUCAAUAACUACAGAGACCAACACAGCCACAAGAUGAUCGCAGUGAGUCGGUUCAUUGGUGGGUUUGUGCUGCCAUUCUUUAUCAUCAUCUUUUGUUACUCUGUCAUCAUCCUGCGACUGAGAACCAACCGAAUGAUGAGCAAGUCCUCCAAGCCCUUCAAAGUUAUGACUGCCCUGAUAGCCACAUUCUUCAUCUGCUGGCUGCCCUACCAUGUCUUUGUACUACUUGAGCUGAACCACCAAAACUACAACCUGGAGGUUAUAAGAGCUGGGCUUAUGGUGGGCACUACUGUAGCCAUAGCUAACAGUUUCCUCAACCCAAUGCUGUAUGUUUUCAUGGGCAAUGACUUCCUGCAGAAAUUCAAGAGCUCCAUACUGUCUAAGAUGGCGAAUGCCAUCGGAGAGGAGGGCCACACCACCAGCCGCUACCUCUCCAGGUCCAGCUCCAUGGAGGGCAGCCGCAGAACCUCCACACACAUCUAAAUCUCUAUGAUGAUGGUAAGGCCUCAGUGGCUGCAGACGCUUUGUCUUGUAGAAAUGUCAUAUAAGGUGUAUUUUCACUUUAUGAUCUAAUGGACUAGUUAUAUUUGUCAUAUAUUUGUAUAAUCACAAGUAGUGCUCUUUGUCUCAUGUUAAAACAUCUAUCUGUUUGAUAUGUUUCUCCCAUGAGCUCCAGUAUAUUUUCCUACCUUAACUUUUUCCAACCAAUUUGAAUGUCAUUAUCUCACAUACAGAAUGCGAUGGAGGCCUUGCUGUGGAGUGAUCUUUUGUAGUGAUGUGACAUAACAUAGGGUUAUAACCUAUUUACUAGACAUAUUGAAAUAACAACCUAAUAACCUAAUAAUAAUAACCUCUGUAUAAUGUGUCCCUGUAGAUGUUAAUCUUACAAGCAGAAGUCCAUUUGUUUCAGUGAGUGACCAAGCUCAAAGUUCAACGACAUCAGUGAAAACAGGAAAUGCUCCUGUUUGACAGCCAUGUCUCUUGAGGGGAAAUGUUUUUUGUGGGGAAAUCAUUGUGACCUCUUUGUGGUAAUUUGUGUAAAUUAAGCUGAAACAUAUCCCUACCGCUGAAAAAAAAGAUACCUUCUAAAAGGAAAUGAACAUCACACUGCUUACAGUACGAAGAGCAGAAAGACUAUUCACACACUUUGAAGUGUACACUGGGUGUACAUAACAAUAUGAACACCUUCCUAAUAUUUGACAUCAGAACAGCCUCAAUUCGUCUGGGCAUGGACUCCAGAAGGUGUCGAUAGCAUUCCACAUGGACGCUGGCCUAUGUUGACUCCAAUGCUUCCCACAGUUGUGUCAAGUUGGCUGGAUGUCCUUUGGGUGGUGGACCAUUCUUGAUACACAUGGGAAACUGUUGAGUGUGAAAAACCCAGCAGCAUUGCAGUUCUUGACACAAACCAGUGCACCUGGCACCUACUACCAUACCCUGUUCAAAUGCACUUAAAUAUUUUGACCUGCCCAUUCACCCUCUGACUGGCACACACACACAAUCUGUGUCUUAAUUGUCUCAAGGCUUACACAUAUUUCUUUAACCUUUUAUCUAUACUGAUUGAAGUGGAUUUAACAAGUUAAUUUAAUAACGGAGCAUAGCUUUCAACUGGAUUCACCUGGUCAGUCUAUGUCAUGGAAAGAGCAGGUGUUCAUAAUGUUUUGUGCACUCAGUGUAUAUACAGUGCAUUUGGAAAGUAUUCAGACCCCUUGACUUUUUCCACAUGUUGUUACGUUACAGGCUUAUUCUAAAAUGGAUUGAAUACAUUUUGGGGAGCAUGGGAGCAUCGCUGCACAACUAUUUUCAGGUCUCUCCAGAGAUGUUUGAUCGGGUUCAAGUCCGGGCUCUGGCUGUGCUACUCAAGGAUAUUCAGAGACUUGCGCCGAAGUCACUACUGCGUUGUCUUGGCUGUGUGCCUACGGUCGUUGUCCUGUUGGAAGGUUAACCUUCACCCCAGUCUGAGGUCCUGAGCGCUCUGGAGCGGGAUUUCAUAAAGGAUCUAUCUGUGCUUUGCUCCGUUCAGCUUUCUCUCAAUCCUGACUUGUCUCCCAGUCCCUGCCACUGAAAAACAUCCCCACAGCAUGAUGCUGCCAUCACCAUGCUUCACUGUAGGGAUAGUGCAGGUUUCCUACAGACGUGACGCUUUGCAUUCAGGCCAAGGAGUUCAAUCUUGAUUUCAUCAGACCAGAGAAUCUUGUUUCUCAUGGUCUGAGAGUCCUUUAGGUCCCCUUUGGCAAACUCCAAGCGGGCUGUCAUGUGCCUUUUACUAAGGGAUAACUUCCAUCUGGCCACUCUACCAUAAAGGCCUGAUUGGUGGAGUGCUGCAGAAAUGAUUGUCCUUCUGGAAGGUUCUCCCAUCUCCACAGAGGAACUUUGUGACCAUCAGGUUCUUGGGCACCUCCCUGACCAAGACCCUUCUUCCCCAAUUGCUCAGUUGGCCUGGCGGCCAGCUCUAGGAAGAGUCUUGGUGGUUCCAAACUUCUUCCAUCUAAGAAUGAUGGUGGCCACUGUGUUCAUUUCAGCAGAAAUGUUUUGGUAACCUUCCCCAAUCUGUGCCUUGACACAAUCCUGUCUCGGAGCUGUACGGACAAUUCCUUCGACCUCUAGGCUUGGUUUUUGCUCUGCCAUGUCAACUGUGGGACCUUAUAUAGACAAGUGUGUGCCUUUCCAAAUCAUGUCCAAUCAAUUGAAUUUACCACAGGUGGACUCCAAUCAAGUUGUAGAAACAUCUCAAGGAAGUUGAUCAAUGGAAACAGGAUGCGCCUGAGCUCAAUUUCGAGUCUCAUAGCAAAGGGUCUGAAUACUUAUGUAAAUAAGUUUGAUUUUUUUUUAUACAUUUGCAAACAAUUCUAAAAACGGAUUUUGAUUUUAAAAAUGAAUUUAAUUCAUUUUAGUGUAAUGCUGUAAUGUAACAAAAGGUGGAAAGUCAAAUCAAAUCAAAAUCAAAUGUAUUUAUAUAGCCCUUCGUACAUCAGCUGACAUCUCAAAGUGCUGUACAGAAACCCAGCCUAAAACCCCAAACAGCAAGCAAUGCAGGUGUAGAAGCACGGUGGCUAGGAAAAACUCCCUAGAAAGGCCAAAACCUAGGAAGAAACCUAGAGAGGAGCCAGGCUAUGUGGGGUGGCCAGUCCUCCCCACAUAAAAAAAAAGUCACAAAAAAAAAGUAAAGGGGCCUGAAUACUUUCAGUCAAGGGGUCUGAAUACUUCCCGAAUGCACUGUAUACAUCUGCCUCAGCUAUUGCAAACAUCCAUACACAACAUAACGUCCAGCCCUAUCCAAAACAAAUCAUUUGUGGUCGUCUGGAUCCCUGGAUAUUGUGUUUUAGAACAAAACUCUUCAUUUAUAUUUCCUGCCAUAUAUCACCCAGCUUGUGGACAGGUUUCUAUGCAAUCAGAUUUGUACCAUGACAUGUAAUUCAUCCCACCUCACCAACUGUCAGAUCAUCUGCUGUGACACUGAAAGUCAAGUGUUAUUAAAUACCCUAGCUGAGAAUCAUAUUGGAGAGUCCUGUGUUUACGUGUGAACAACACAUUUCACACAACCAUUGUUCUGUUCAAUCUACCUCUUUAAUUAGUUUAUCUGAUGAAUAAGAUGAAUCGGCUAGGAUCUUGUGUUGCAGGGGUAGGCAACCCUGGUCCUAGAGUGCCGCAGCCACUUCAUACUUUUGAUUUAACCGACCUGGAAGACCAUGUGUGUUGAAUUUAUGCAAUCACUGAACUUAUCAAUUAGCUCAGUUGAUCAGGUGUGGUGCCUAGUUGUAACAACAUCCUGCUAUAUGUGUGGCACUCCAGGAACAGGACUGCCUACCCCUGUUGUCUGUAUAUUGGACCAUGUUUGUAAUUAUUUAUGGUAAACCACAGAAAGAGAAGCUGCUUGUUAAAAGGAACUUAACUGGGAAGCGGAAAGCAUUGUCACAUUCUAACUGAAUUGCAUUUGUAAUUAAAUCCAAUGUUUUAAGAAAUAGAAAGAAAUGGAAAGUUAAUUGAUGUACACCUGUUUUAAUGUAUUUAAUAAUUAAAAAUCAUGUGACAUAAACAAACUCCUGUGUCCAACCAUCUUUAUGUGUAUGCCAUAAACAGUUUAUUGAAAAAGUGCAUGUAAUUACAUUAGUCACCCAGCAGUUGCAAAACAGCAUGCAUCAUACAGUGGGGAGAAC